UAGGAACCAGUGAUAAGCGUAGAUAAACAAGGAAAACUCGAGUCAAGGGAUCCGUGGUCAACUCGUCAACUUACUGUCAAGACGUGUCAAGUGUUAAUAAUUAUUAAUUAGCCAUCGAUUACAACAGCCGUCAGCCAUUGAGUUGUAUUUUUCUGCCUACUGAUCCAUCAUCACAUCAGCUGGUCAUCUGACGAACCAUCGAUUUUAUUUUCACCCGUAUCCGUGGUUGUGCCGACAUCAGCGUAUUAAUAUUUUUUGCGGUUUCCGAAAAGAGUUUUGUAAACAUGUAUAAUAAUACAAUAUUACAAUGUUUCCACUAUGACUAAAUAUUUUAAUGUUGAUAUUGAUAAUAUAAUCACAGACUAUGAAUUAGCCUACCAAAAUGCCAAGGAAAACUUUAUCGAUGAAAUAAAACGAACCGAUGAUAAUAUACUGAAAGUAUACACACAGGACAUAGACGAAUAUAGCAAGACAUUAAAAAACCUCUCAGAUGUAAAUAACAAAAUUAGCAAGGGCCGUGAUACACUUCAACACAUAUCCGACAAAGUCAAAUGUGAACAACAGAUAUUGCAAACAGAAAGCGAUCGCUUGGAGUCUAUUAAUAAUGAAUGUAAUAGUUUGGGAGCUACAGAAAUUGAGUUGAAUGAUGUGAUAAAUAAAACCAAAGAGCAACUCACCCAAGUAUAUAAAGAAAAAAAAACAAGUUUAAAAAAACUUAAACGAGAAAUAAAUUCAUUCAGAACUGGAGUAAACAUGUAUGAGCGAUUUUUACAGUUGAAUAUGAAUAUUGAAAGUAAUGAAAUAAAUACUAUAAUCAAUAUUACCAUGAAAAACGUAAAAAAUCAUUCAGAUUACAAAGUCAUUUUUGAGGAAAAUGAAAACAAUUUCAAACUUAUUGACAUUAUCCCACGCAGCCAGACAGUUAUGAAGGCAGCAACAUUGUACGAUCAAAACAAAGAUAUCCAAGGCCUGUUAGCUUUCUUAUAUACAAUAUAAAAGAAUAACUAAGAAAUCACAUAUUAUUAUAAACUGUAUUAUAGUGUAUUUUAUUUUAUAUAUUAUGUUUUCACUGUUGUUCUCCAACUAUGUACUUUGUAUUUUAUACAUUUUACUGCUGUGUAUUUUACUAACUUGUACAUGUAAAUACUAUAGAAUUUUUAGACUUUUAUACUGAGCUAAUUCUUUUUAUAAUUUAAAAAUAUAUAGCCCAUAUGGGUAAAUUUAACCUUA